AUGCUUCCUCCAAUUCCUAUUCCGUCAGACUAUGGCAUCUCGCCGGACUCUGGCUUCCUCCCCUCAGAGCCGCCUCUUGAACAGUUACCCGACCCUUACUACUCCAAGUGGGAAUGGAUAGUGUCGAAUAUCCAGUCUCUCCUGAUGAGCCGGAGGAUCCGGAGGACUGUAGAUACCAUGCCUAUGCUGUCGACAUCGUAUCUACGUGAAGAACCGGAGUGGCGGCGGGCCUACUCUAUUCUAGGGUUUAUCCUCCACGCCUAUGUAUGGGGUGGCACCAAGCCGGCAGAGACAAUCCCUCCUCAACUGACUGUGCCGCUUCUUGAAGUGUGUGCGCACCUCGAAUUACCGCCAGUUGCCACAUAUGCCGGGCUGGUGCUGUGGAACUUCAAGCCUAUUUUCUGCGACGAGCCUGUGGAUAAUAUCGAUAAUCUCGCCUGCCUCAACACACUGACCGGCUCACUGGAUGAGCAAUGGUUCUACCUCGUAUCAGUGGCGAUCGAAGCUCGCGGUGGCCCUGCCAUCUCGAUAGUGCUGCAAGCAAUCACCGCUGCUCGGAUCGGAAACAGCAGGAUCGUGACGGAGUGCUUACAGGCUCUGGCAGAGAUGAUAGAUGAGAUUGGCACCCUCCUGGAGAGGAUGUACGAGCACUGCGAUCCCUACGUGUUCUACCACCGGAUCCGCCCAUACCUCGCCGGGAGCAAGAACAUGGCUGAUGCAGGCUUACCCAACGGCUUACUGUACGAUGACGGCCACAACCCCGAGUACCGCCAAUACGGCGGCGGCAGCAACGCUCAAAGCUCCCUGAUCCAAUUCUUCGACAUCGCCUUAGGAAUUGAGCACAGACCGACAGGCGAGACCCGCACCAGUACACCCCCCUCCGACAAGCCCGGCAUCGCCGCCGCGCCCCGCCACGGCUUCAUUCAAGAAAUGCGCUCCUACAUGCCGGGCCAACACCGCCGCUUCCUCGAGCACAUCAGCACGGUAGCCAAUAUUCGCGAGUACGUCGAAACCCGGCACUCCGACAAAGCCCUCUCUCUCGCCUACGACGCCUGCCUCUCCAUGCUUCGCGCCAUGCGCGACAAACACAUCCAAAUCGUCUCCCGCUACAUCAUCAUCCAAUCGCACAACGCGCGCGGCCGACCCGCACGCUCCUCCUCUCCACAACGCCGCUCCUCAGCCGCAACGCUCAACCUCGCGACCGCGCGCCACGGCGAGAAACCCGAUAGCAAGAAGCUACGAGGAACGGGCGGGACUGCGCUGAUUCCGUUCCUGAAACAGGCCCGCGACGAGACGGGCGAGCCGGCGAUUGACGCGUGGGCUCGGAGGUUGCUUACCACCGGUCCGGCAGAGUCGAGCUUUGCUCCGCUGAGUAAACUUGGUGAGCACCCCGAUGGACAUCUAGAGGUUGUGGGGCUCUCGGGGACUUGGGCGAUGGAUGAUAGCGAGGGUGGAAUUUGUCAUUGGUGA